AAUUAGACGUGGUUUUGGCGCCAUUUCUUUCACUAUAUAUUUUGUCAUUUUUGAUUUUUGUCGUUACUCGGCAAUUCGGCAUUCGUUAAUCGUUAUUCAUAAUCCUACGAAUACGAAGUUUCAUUUAUUGUAUUUGUUUAUCACGUUUCACAAUUCUCAAUUGAUUUUGUCAUAUAUUCCUAUCGAUUACUAGAUUAUUAUAAUAUUUUGUUAAAAUCUUAAGUUUCUUUAAGUACACAUUAGAAAAGCUUUAAACAAACAAUUUAAACGACCAUGCCUGGAAACAAAGAUCUAAGAACACUUUUAAAAUUCACACGCCUUACUGAUAAUGCAUUCCCGCCUGUAAAAGGAUCAGAUCGUGCAGCAGGAUUUGAUUUAAAAAGUGCCUAUGAUUACAAAGUACCAGCAAAAGGCAAAGAAUUAGUAAAAACAGAUUUACAAAUUGAAUUGCCCACUGGUUGUUAUGGACGAGUGGCACCUAGAUCUGGCUUAGCUGUUAAAAAUUUCAUAGAUGUUGGAGCUGGUGUUAUAGAUGAAGACUACAGAGGAAAUGUUGGUGUAGUGUUAUUUAAUCACUCUGAUCAAGACUUUGUGGUUAAAAAAGGUGAUAGAAUAGCUCAGCUUAUAUGUGAAGUGAUUUUUCACCCUGAUUUACUUGAAGUAGAAAACUUAACUGAAACAAAGAGGGCAAAUGGUGGAUUUGGCUCUACAGGAACACAAUAAAAUAAAACAUUUUAUAUAACUAAGUUUAUUUUCUGAAUAAAUGAUUCUAAAAAUAUCUUCUUUGUACUAUAUUA